GACCCUGUGUAGUGUGUAGUCUCCAGACAAACAUGGCGAAAAAGGCAAAAGGGUCUCACUCUGCUUCUUCUGCCUCUGCAUCUUCCCGCAAACUAGUGCUGAGGAUUAAAUCAAACGAGGGAAUCAAGAGAUCAGUGCGGCAGACUAAUUCAAGAAAGAAACCCAAAGCAAAGCAAAAGAAGAACAAACAAAUGUUUGAUGCUAUGAAACCCAAGAAACCUCCGACAGCUUUCUUCUACUUCUUGGAGGAUUUUCGUAAAGAAUUUCAAGAGCAGAAUCCAGAUGUAAAGUCAAUGCGUGAUAUUGGCAAGGCAUGUGGAGAGAAGUGGAAAACAAUGACUUAUGAGGAGAAGGUUCAAUACUAUGAUAUAGCAACAAAAAAACGUGAAGAAUUUGAUAACGCAAUGGCUGAAUUUAAUAAGAAAAUGGAAAAUGGCGAGUUUGACGAAACUGAUGAUGAAUCAGAGUUUGAUGAGUAAAGCCCCCUUAUUUUUCUUGCUAGGUUGGAUCUGUAUUAGUUGAAACUAGUUGUACAUUCAGUUCUUGUCAGCUCCUUUCUGUCCUUGUUGAUAAUUAUCAUUUCUGUGUGUCAUUUGUAAAGUAUAUUAGUUGUAUUAAGAUGGUUAAAAUGGCAAUCUGGGCAUAUAUGUUGAGAUAUUGAAUCCUUAGUUAAACGCUAAGUAGAAAGAAAGCAUAACUCUUGCACUUCAUUGAUUCAUCUAUAUGUAACAAAAUUUCCUUGUGUCAA